AUGAAGCGAAAACAGUAUCACGGAGGUAGUUAUACAAAUUACUUAUCUCAACAUUGUCAUUAUGUCCCAGGCAUUGCAACAAGAAGAUUAUAUUUUGAGUUAACUGGAGCUGUUAUCUAUUCACAUCCACGCUAUGCUCAGUUAUAUGAUGGUUUUCCACAGACAGCUGAUCAAUCAACACUGAAGCCUGGAUUAUUUAAACAAAGCAAAAGUGAUAAAAAUCAGGCUAAAACAUCAGCAAAAUCAUUAAAUAAAUACACAAAAGCAGAUGAUGGUAAUUCAUUAACAGAGAAAGGGUUUCAAAACUAUAUGCAUUCAACGACUACUAUGACAACACUAAAGGAAACUAAACCGACCAUGGUAAAUGAUGUUGAAAGAAAUACUAUGGAAAACACGUAUCCUGUGAAUUUCAGCUGCGAAGUAUACAUACACUCUCAAGCCAAUUCACGGAUCAUGGUCAGAUUCCAGUCAUUUUACAUUCCAUCACAACAACAAUUAUUAUGUGAUGAGAAUUAUUUGUAUUUAUUUGAUUCGAAUACACCACAAUAUCGUGCUAUGGCAGAGGCUGGUGGUGAAAGAGGUCUUUGUCAAGGUCAGUAUCCAACACAACCGAUUUUCACAACAAAAUCAUUUGUAACAAUUGUAUUCAGGUCGACAUCAUCUACAAUGUCAACUUCACCGAUGAUGAAAACUGACAUAGAACCUGGUUUUAAGUUAAUUUUAACAGCCAUAACAGACGACUUAGCGAAACGAUUUAAAUUAUCAUCCAACGACUUUUGUGCAACUAGAUUUUUCUUAGAAAUAUAA